GUUUUCCCGCGCAGCGAUCAAGUGCGCGCGCAACCGUCCCGCGCGCGAACGUUUCAAACGCCUACUCGACCCGCCGAAUUAAAAAAAUUGUGCCAUCUGUGUAAAUAGAAAAAUAAAAAAUAUUUUAUCUGUGAUUAGUUUUUAAAAAGUGGGUUUUAGUGUUGUGCCAUUAAAUUCAAGGAUAAUCGAUACGUAAAGUGGCGGCAAAAUGACGACGAAAUCUUACAGUAAACACAAGGAGUUUAAAGAGUUCUCCAGCAGUAGCAGCGGCGGCAAGACGCCUUUCGCGGGGGAACAAUUCGACAUGCUGAAAUCCGAACUGAUCCCGGCGAACAGCAAGCUCAACAACAUCGGCAAUGGCGGUCACCGCGAGUACCAAUACGAGUACCGUGAGGAGAAGCUGCCGCACGGGAAGUACGACCGCAAGGACCUGCACACCGUCGAGGAGUACACAAUACCACCAAAAACGCUGCCGAAGUCGGAAGCCAGCUCGUACUUCUACGAGCGCGAGGAGCGCGACCUGCCCGCCAUCACCUCCGGCACCAGGACAUACAACUACGAAUCCAACACCAGUUCCACUCCAGGUUACUCGAAGGUGAAGAGCAGCAAGGUUACCAAAGACCUGUCGCAUAACGUGGAGGAGCUGGACUCGCUCCUCGACGACCUGCAGAAGGAUCAGGAGCGACAGCUGUAUAAGAGUGGCUACGCUUCAGACACAGCUGAAAGCACAUCAUUCGACUAUAAGCGAGGCACCCCAGUGAAGGCUCCUUCCAGCGGCUACUCAACCCUCAAGCGUGAGGAGCGUGUGGAAUCAUCCUCGUGGGGCUCCAGCCCCCCUCCUCCCACCACCACCCGCGCGGCGGAGAUCAGGCAGGAGAUGUACCGCGAGGAGAAAACAGAGUCCCGUGUGGUGCCGCAGGUGGUGCCCGCGCCGGCGCCGGCGCAGAUCCAGGCCUGCACGCACUGCCACCACCAGAUGAGCUCCACAUCAGGCACUCUGUCCCGCUCCAGCACGCCCAUGAAUAAAGUGACGACAACAGUGAAGACCUACACGUACGAGGUGCCCGCCGAUCAGGACCCCACCACCGUGCCCAUCCCCACCCACGACUCUCACACUUAUGUCAGCGACACUGAAAAUGUUCGCACCCGAACGACGGCUGGUGCCCCGGUGGCGCCACCUCCCGGCGGCUGCCAGUACUGCCAGCACUGCAACACCAGCACCAGAGUGCGUCGCGACCAAUAUUCCGCUACUGACGUGUCCGAGCACACGACGGAGCGCAUGGUGUACCCGUCUCCGGCCAACGAGGUGAAGCUGCUGCCCUCCACCCCGCCCGCGCCCCUCACCACGCACCUCACGCCGGAGCGCAAUGGACACGGCCCUUAUGGUCCAUCGUCGUACAAGUACAGCGAGACGACGUACUCGCGGCACGACACGACGGAGCGCACGACCCCCUCCCCGUUCCCGCGCCCCUCCACGCCCGUCCAGCGCGACCAGCAGCCUCCCAAGCGGCUGGACGACCUGCUGGCUGACUUCCCUGAAGCGAGAUUCCCAGUCUCCCAGCCUGACGGCGUGGUCCAUCGCAAGUUAGAGGUGACCCGCGAGUCCCACCAAGCUUCGUCAUCGCCUACACCUGCUGCGAAGGCCCCAGCCGUGGGCAGCAAGAAUAUCGCUGGCCCGGCCGUGUACUACCCCCCUGGGCACACGCCGUUCGCUAAGAAGGAUGCUCCUAUUGCGUAUACGGCUGGUGGAAGCGCUUCAGCGGCCCAAGGCGGCGGCGCGUACGCGUCCGGCCGAGGCAUGUACGAGUAUGAGAGCGGCGCGCGCAGCAAGGAGAAGCACUCGGAGAAGAAGACCGCCGUGCCCAUCUGCCUGCCGCUCUGCUGCGCCAUGCCGUGCGUCAUCAUGUAAACUAGCCGUAUAAAGAGUCCUCUACACGAUGGGUCAACGCUGGCCACUCCAAGAGACGCAGCCAUGCGGUAGAACGAGAUAGCAAUAUUACUUGCUCCCUCUAACCCAUGAGUCCCUUGGAGUGACCGGCGCUGGCCCAGCGUGUAGAGGAGCCAUAAACCGAAAUUCGUAAUUCAAGACCAAAAAAAGUAAGACAAUAUAUGUUGCCACUGCAAUAAUUUGUUGUGUUCCCUUUUAUAAAUAAACACGCUAAGAUAAUUUAUUUAUUGGUAAUUUUACUCCUACGAUUUAAAAAAGUAGUUUUAUUUACUUAUUUUUACAUAAAUACAAAAGGCGCUAGUAAAAAGUAGCAACAUUGUCUUACUUUUUUUGGUCUGAAUUACGAUUUUCAGUUAUGUAGAUGGUAUCGAGAUUCCAAAUGAAAAUAAACCCUAGCCGUCAAUAAAAAAAAAUGCCAAGACAAAUGCAAUUUUUGUCUAUCAAAAAUACAAUGGAAUUAAGCCUUACAGGCUUAUGGAGUGUGGACGGCUAAAGUUUAAAUAUGCGUGUAGAUUUGGCGAAUAUGGCAGGCGAUUCUUUUCUAAUAUUAACAAAAUUUGCUAUAAUGGUUAAUUUUCACAUUUAGUAUUUUGUAUGUCAGUUUGACCUUAAAUAUUAUUUUGUGAAAAAGAGUUGAACGACGUCGUUUGGAAUUUUGGAUGUCAUUUGGAAUCUUGAAUAGGUACCAUUUGGAAUCUUAAUAUGUACAAUUAUAUGUAAGUACGUGUCGACAUUUUCAAGAAUUUACUGUGGUAUAUUGUUGAUGCCAAAUGUCAUCAAGUGAAUUCUGUGGACAUAGCUAAGAAUUGUUGUUGUAUGAAAGUUGUAUGUAAUUGACAACAUAGUUUGUAAGUUCUAAAAUAUGACUUGCCGGUGUAUUUAAUGGAAAUAACUAAAUGUUAAUUAAAUUUCUUAACUGCCAUUGACUUUUAAAGUUUCUCAAAAAGGUGCUAAAUUUUUGAAACGUCAUUUUAUAUCGUAAUUUAAAUGUAUAAUAUGUAUAAAUUAAGUCUGUAUACUUCUCAAGGAGAUAGUAUAUGAGGACUUGCAAGUUUAGUCAGAAAUCUAUAAUUUAAACAUCUAACUUGCAAGUAACAUAAAUAACAUUGAAUCUCAAUUCGAUUUACAUAAUAUAUAAAAUAGACUAUUUUAAUGCAAACUUGAAACUGCGACUAACAAAGUGCCAUUACUGAUAUUUUAAAUAUAAGUGUCAAUUACAAAUGUUGUAUAAAUGAAGUGUAAUUUUAUUAUUAAUAAAAUUUUAUUAACGUAA